AUGGAUCAAGUCGUCCCAUCCGGCUCAGUCAAAGGCACGGAUCAAAGGCAGCAUACACAGAGUGGUAGUCAGAUGCCUCAACACCACCGUAUCGCGCCCGCCAAAUGCCCGCCAGGCUAUUUCUGGGGGGAGGACGGACAAAAUGUCCCCGAAAAGAUACACGAAGGAUACAGAGAAGCACGCGGCCUCAUUCAGGACGGAAGCCUGGGAGUCCUUGAGAGUCUGUCGGAAGCAGCCAUGACGAGCAUCACCGAGACAUUCGACUGCCUCAAGUCUCCCGACGGCACAUCCAAGGGGAGCCUGGUGAAACUGCGUCUCUCUGACGAUCUCGAGCAGUGGCGCCGGGAGCAGCACGCCCUCGGGCGCAUCUUGCCGAGCAAAGGCCAUGGCCUGGGUCCCGUUUCCAAAGAGGUGCUGGCGCUUCUUGGUGCGCAGCCGUGGCCGGAGCCUCUUGUCCAGAACAACACCCUGUUCAUCUGUGGCAUGGCCAACAUGGUGAUUGGGGCGAGUGAUGCCGAAGCCCUAUACACAAACUACUGUCUCGACGUGGCCUUCUUCUACGAGCACAGCUACCACAAGGUGUUUCCGGGCUUCGAGGACCUGGUCCAGACACAGCUACACACUGCCGGCGGCUCCGAGAGAAAGGCCGCCGUCGACAUGGGCAUGCGGUACAUUAGAGCCAAGGUGGCCCUGGAGGAAGCCCACAGGCAACAAGUCUCCGACAUGACGGCCAGGCUGGAUCGGCGCGGUGCGCAAAUCGUCUUCUUCCUCGAGAGCAGCCUCCUCGGAAUGGCCCGCGAGGCCAUGAUGCGCGGGUUCGACCGGGCCGCCGUCAUGAGCGACAUGAUAUUCUCCUCGCCCGGCACAGACGUCAUCGACGUCGGCUCGGACCUGUACAACUGCGAGCUGUGGAACUCCUUCCUCAACACGGCGGACAUCACGUCGACCGGGGUGGUCGCCGAGGAGGCGCUGCGCAAGGUAUACGAUGCGUAUGCGCACACGGGCGCCAGGAUGCUGUGCGAGCGCUGGUCGGAGCCUGCGGCGCGAUUGUCGGCGAUGCUCUACCCGUGGCACAUGGUCAACGAUAGGCACCGGUUCCUCAGGCGCGCUCUUCUUGGCUUCCCCAAGGCGCGGAAGGGUGCGGCGCAGCCGCGCGAGGCCGACUUUGACGAGGUUUUCGACUUGGAGCUGCGCACGACCGGCUUCAGCAGGCCGCUGAAGGAGGCUUGCAGCGGUGGCGAGCCGUGCGACCGGGUGGAAGGCUUUCUUGGCGCGCAUGACCGAGGGGAGGGUGUGUUGGCGGAGCUUUGGUGGUCUCUUGUUACUGGCCCGGUGAGAUAUGUCGCCCGGGGUGUUGUUGGGCCAGCUGAGGAGGAGGACCUGGCUGAAAGGCUGCGGCUGAGCAUGGCUAGGUCUUACUCGCGUGGACUUGUGGAUGAGAUGACUUGGCUCAUUGCCCAUGCUAGCCACCAUGCCUGGCAGGUGAAUCGACUUUUUGAGGCGGCAAUGUUUGGAAGCCUUCUGGAUGAUGGAGGCUUGCGUGGCAAGCUCGACAGGAAAGACUACUAA